GCCGAUCUCCCUUUUCUUACCGCCUCAUUUCAUGAGCCUUGCUGGCCGCCUCUCUGCCCUUGAACGAGAAGUGGCCGAACUUCGUCGAGUCGUUGAGCGGCUCUCCCUGCUUCUGGAAGAGUCUGAGGCCUCUCAGUACUCUGUUGUGCAAAGCCAGUCUCCAGGUGCCUCCGCCCAGGUUCCUAGGCUCCUCUCUCCCCUCGCAGCCGGGGUGCUGCUUGCCGAGAGAUCGGGUUGCGAGGAUUUCAACCCUGUGCGAGUCUACUCGCGCUUUGCUGACUGCAAGGCCCUUGUCAAAGUCGGCAGCGACCUCGGGGAUAGUGUCUGUGUAGGCUUGCCGUCGCGCGGCGACGUGAUAGCCGAGACGGUGGACGGAGAUCCUCUGACUGCUAGGGACGCCCUUGCUGCCGGUGACGGUUUCGAAGACGCGUUGUGCCCUCUGGCCGUGCUCCGAUGCGGUGUCGACGAUGCAGGCCAGGAGGUCUUAGUCCAGGGCCUUCUUCUCAAGGAGGUCGAGGGCAGGCUGGUGCUGGCAAUCCCGGCCAGCGCAUGGCACAAGAAGGUGAACAGGCGCACUUUGCCAAAGGGUUUUAUGACGAAGGUCGGCGCAGCGGAGGUGUUGGCCUGUGCUGCUUCUUCCCGGAGCGUUCCCGAGGACGAUGCUGUGUUGAGAGUUUGGUUUGGGCUGGUCGAGCCGUCCUACGAAGCCGCCAUCGAGUUCUCCGACGAGGCUCCUUCAGUUGCCUUCGGUGCUCUUGAGAACGGCGAGGCUGCCCUCCCUUUCGUGCCGGCUCUGGUCGCAGCCGUCUCCGACCACUACACCUUUGCCUCCGCCGAGAGCGGCCAGCCGGCGGUCCACAAAGAUGCUCUCAGCGCCAGGCUCGACCGACUCGAGCGGCUCUUGGGCGCUGCAAUCCCCUCAGGCUCCCAGGCAGGUCGCGCAGGUGCAAAGGCAAAGGCAAAGGUCUCAGCGAAGGCUGCCGCGCGGGCUGCCGUGCCUGCCCCCUCAGUCGACCCGGCCGUGCUUCUGGCUGCCCGUGCUGCUGGU